AGGAAGAAACAACUUGUUCCACCACAGAUAAAAGCAUCUGUGAAGGGAGGUGCCAUCAGAGCAUGCCACAGUGUGUCUUUUGAAGAAAGCAGGAAGAGCUUCUCAUUCAGGUUCAUCCCAGCUGCGUGGUCCAGACCAGACAAUCUCCCAGGAUGAGUUCGCUGAAUAUCGCCACGGCCAUCUUCGCUUCCCUCAGCUUCGGCCUGCUUCUCGCUGCCCUGGCCUCAGACUACUGGGUGGAGGCCAGUGACCACUCAGGCCUGUGGCAAUUUUGCAAGGGUCUCACCUGUUGGUCAUAUGGGAUGGACGUACAUGGCUACAUUCAUGCCACCAGAGCCUUCUUGCUGAUGGGGUCCAUUGCUGGUGCUGUCUCCUUCUUCAGUCUCUGGGCCUUGUUUUGUCAUUCCUACAUUGGAUCCGUCUCACUGGCCAAGAUUGCAGCCAUAGCCAGCUUGGUGGCAGGUCUUUGUGCGCUGACUGCCAUGUCCAUAUUCACAGGCGUGUAUGAUAGUAGAUUCACAGUAGGGCACUAUGGAUGGUCCCUUGGUGUGGGCUGGGCCUCUGGACCUCUGUUCCUGUUGACUGGUGGGCUUGCUUUCCAGAUACAAACUGGGAGAGCUAUGUGAGCCAUGCAGGAAGAUCGUUAUGUCUUUGAAAUGGCAGUGUGGAGCGCAGAGAGAGUAUGUAUCGCAGCAAGCUGUACACGGACCCAACUUUUAUCCCUCUAAAGCAGCAUCUGUUUUUGAAAGGAGAAGUCUGGGCCUGAAUUUGGACUCAGAAGUCCCUCCAUUUUAUUUGCCUGUUCUUGUCUGUAAAGCACUUGAGCUCUUUUGAAGAAGGAACAUUUUUUUUUCCUGAAUGAGUUUCUUCUCAUGAUUCGAAAGGGACGUGGAUUUGGCUGUAUAUCAAAGUUUCUGAUUUUUUUUCUCAUUUUUUGCAAAUAUAACCAUGGUGUUUUUUCCUGUCUCUUUUCCACGUUCCAAGACUCCUGCAUGACUCUCGCAUUAUGCUUUAUCAGGUAGUUGGGAUAACAAAGGCGGUGAGGAUUACAAAAUAUUUUGCACACCAAGGACCAUUUCACACAUUAUCGUGAGCCAGACCUGGGUUUACCAUUGAGUACUUAUAUGCUUACCGCAAAGCUGCACCAAAUCAA